CGUUCAGUACGCGCGGGCCCCUCUUCAAUGGAUCCCUGCUGGGUAUUUGCUCUGAUUGUUUUGUUACUGAUCGAACUGGAGUCCGUAAACUUCCUCUUCUUGAUGUUGUACAUCGUAUUUUACGUAGACCGGGCGAUGUCUCUCCGUCUGAUCCUUGAAUAUUCAACUAACUGAUAGAAGAAUAAUAAUAAUAAGGGGCCAAAGUGACCGUCGGUUGAACCGGGAAAAGAACUCACACCCAGAUCCUGACGUUCGUCAAAUAUGUGGUUGAUGUGAUGUUUAAUUUGUGCAACGUCCGAAUAGACGGUUGGUCUGACUAGAAUAAUCGUCGGUUUGAACUCACCUUCCGAUUGAAAUAUACAUUUGGACGUUUUGGUUCGAAUACGUAGAUCGUUCAACCCUAUAGUGUCAUUUUAUGCGGAUUUUGAAUUGAUGAAUGAAUAACACCUAGAGACAGUGCAAAAUGGAGGAGGAGUCCCCUCCCAGCCAGACUGGUGAUGUUUCAUCGCCAGAAAUCACAACUACACCUCCCGAAGAUGACCAGGGUUCCAGUGCCGUAAACGAGCUAGAAACCACCAAACUAAGCAAUGUCAGCGACGAAGACCACAACUUCACCGUCCACCCCUUCGACUUGUCCAACAUAACCGUAAUCGAGAACACCCUAGCCAACCCCGCCAAAAGUGUAUCUUGUGAAGGAAGUGACAGUGGCGUUGAAGUGUUCGAGAACAGUGAUAAUUUCGCCUUCAGAAGGACCCUAAGUUCCAACAGUGGCGUCUCCAACCAUUUCCAAGACUUUGAGAACGUUCAAUCCUGCGAUUCUUCGAUUAGUUAUUGUUCGAAUAUCGACGAGGCUUACAAUAUCUUGGUGAGACGUAACUCGUCUCUGUUCGGAGAUUGCACACUCAGAAACGGUGAUAGAACUAGUGAUAACGGAUCGGAGAGUUCCUCCGUAACCGGAAGUUCCUCUUCCAAGAACUCCAAACGGAAUCAGACUAUCAAGAAACGCGUGACUGUCGAUCCCAAACCCAAGCCAAGUUCGCCCAAAGAAAGAACGAGGUCCAAGCCUCCGGUCACCCCUAAAUCUCAAGCGAAUUCUGCGCGCUUGAAAUCUUUGGAUAGACUCCAGGGAAAGUCGCUGACUCCAUCCACGGCCAAGACGAACUGUUUGCGCAAUAAACAAGUGCCAAAUAACUUAGAAAUUAGUAAGAAGGAGUCUUCUAAACGCCCGUCGACAGUGAGAACGCCUUCCAGCACCAGAACCCCGAUUCCAACCCCAACAGACGAUGGUAGAUGGCCUUCUAUACACAGUAGACCUGCGCCUCUUUUAUCGAAAUCGAUGAAAGGUAGUAUGGACCCAACGACCAAACGAAGUACUUUAGAUACUAAGACAAUAGAAAAAUACGCAACGUUACCCAGGAGGAAGAAAGAAAAGAGCGCAGAUGACAUCGAAAAACCCAGGAAGAUAACAGACAAGGAAACUUUCACAAACAAAGCAACACAAAACAAAAAGACUGUACCAAGAGAAAGCCUAUCGAUGAGGAUAUCUACACUUGGCAGGAGGAAAAAGAUAAAAAUUUACCAAGAAAACGGUUUCCAAACUGCCCUAACCAUGGAGGACAUCGAUAAGGCUCUAUCGGGACACUCUGUAAGACCCCCAAGUCCUGAAGAUAAAGAGUUUGACGCGAAAGAAAUACAGGUAGACAUGAGCAUAACUGAAGUUGAAACCUUGAAGGAACAACUUAGGGUUAUGACAGAAAAAUACGAAGCUCUCAGUAAUGAUUAUAAAACGCAAACCUGUAAAUUGAGGGAGGUCGAAGAUAAAUGGAGAGCUGAAGCAGUGGAAAAGGAAGGUUUGCAGCAAGAACUGAAGAACAACACUGAACGAGUUUUGACGAUUUUGGGGGAUCAAAACUCAACUGACGAUAACUCUAGUGACAGUCUGUUAGUGCUGGAGUCCAGGUACCAAGACGUUAGAUCGUUGGUUAUCGAUCAAGAGAAAGAGAUUUCACGUUUGAAUGCGCUAUGUAGAACUCUGCAAAUAAAUCUCGAUCAAUUGAUGGCGAACCAGAGGACGCUCAUUCAACAGCAUCAGGAGCUAGAGGCAGAAAGUAUGGAGCUCCAAGAAUUCAUGCAGGCUGAGAAAAGUACACUCGCUGACGCACUUAGAGAAGCCGAGACUGAAUAUAAGAAAUUGAAGACUCUUCUGAACGAAAAAGAUAGAGGCCUCAUGGAAAAACAGGAGGAAAGCAAGCAUUUGGUGAGGCUGAGCGAGAAGAGGAGGCAGGAAAAUUUAGCUUUACAAGCUAAACUAGGAGCUUUGGAAGCCAGAUGUAGGGAACUUUUAGUUCAACAGGGUAGCUCAGUGUCUAGAGCUGCUAUUGCUGUUUCUGCCUUGAGCAACAGAUUGGAUUCGUUAGCCAAUGAACUGAUCGCUUGUUACAACAUCUCAGAGCAAGAUUUAGAGGAUGUGAUAUUCCAUAAUGAAGCGUACAACUAUAGUAGUAAUGACACUACGCCGGAGAGAGGAAGAAAAUGCUUCAAUGAUACCUCCCCAUCUUCCACAAAGGGUUCUUCGUUCGUGUCUGCUGUGAUAAAUGCCAUAAAAAACAACGCACCCUUUAGUAGAGAUAUAUCUAGAAGUAAUCUCCAAACAGAAACGUCUAGUUCCAAUGAGAUGCUAGACUCGGAAACUGAGCCCUGCUUGAUGAUGGAACACGUCUUGGAAGAUGUAGUGGUGCCAGAUGGUCAUUCUCACAACAUGAUCUCCUCCACCCACAGCAUGAUCAACACAAGGCUCACUCACAGCGAGAGUCUCAAAGAUCUAUCGCAAGCCAUCCUUAAUCGCGAGAGAUCCGAGCAGGCUAAUAGUCUCACCUUAUCCUUCAGCAGCGAAUUUGGGGUGGACGAUGGUUUCAAUGUCCCCCUGAUAGACCAAGUCAUCGAUGUAGAUAACUCUAUUACGAGACUCCUAAAGGUGAUAAAGAUUGUUCAGGUAGACGCUGAAGAACGUAUGAACGAACUGGAGGACCAAAGAGAAUGUUUCUCUGAACAAAUCAACAAGCAGAAAGAAACGAACAAGUUCGUGGUGAAACAGCUGAAAGAUUGGGAAUUGCUAGGUGCGAGGCUGAAGACAGAAGUGAAAGACUUGAAGGAGAAGCUCUCUGCAAAAGAUUCUGAAUUGGAUAAAUUCAAAAUCGAGUUGAAUAAACAAAGGGAGCAACUAGAGAAGCAAAACCAAGAUGUUUGUGAGCUGUCCACUGCAUUGUCCAAGAUAGAACUGGACGCCAAAAUGAAGCAAGAGGAAGUUAACGAGGCUAUUUUAUUAUGGGAACAGACAGGGGAGAUUCCCUCCCAAGAAAUCAUGGGGAGAAUAAUCAGUAAGUGUCCUGAAAUAAAAGAACUGAUAGAAAAUGAACAGCAGAAGGAGGAAUUGAAGAAAGAAUCCGCCAAUAGACAGGUUCUGAUUGACAGAAUUAGAGAAGCUUUUGCUGAAACUAAGAAGCAGUAUGAAGCUAUAGACAAUGCGCUAGAGGUACUGCACAAUGUUCAGAGUGUUGUCCAGCAAUGUCCCCCACUAGCAAAGCUGCAAAGGGACCUGGAAGAAGUCAGUUUCCAGAGCGCUUCGAAAAUGCCUCUGGUACCUCCUGCCGAUCUGAAUGCCAACGCAGCUCUUUUGCACCAAGUCAUCAAGAAUUUAGAGAUAGCAUCCCCGAUAAAUACAACCGCUUGAGUAACUUGAAUGCACAUGUAAUGAAGCCAUUUCAUCGUGUACGGAUUUUAUUAAACUUAUUGUUAAUCGUCCCUAAAGGUGAAUUCGAAACAAACCACCUUUCGGUUAUCGUUUUAUUUUGUACGUUUCUUUUAUUCUGUAUAUUUUGUUAAUUUUAGGAUAAACGAAUUUUCGAUGUUGAAAUUUUUAGAUGUGAUGAAGGGAGGCUGAAAAUUGCCGAUUUGUGACGUCCAAUACACGAAUUUUCCAUUUUAAUACGUCGUUGUAGAGGUUAAUGAUCGUAUUAUAAUAAAAAAUUGAAUAACUCGUUCUGAAACACUUCUCCGUAUUGAGCGCUUGCGAGAAAGCCUAACUAUUUUUGGACAAUGUAAUAAACAUAACAAUUACUGUAAUGCCAUUGUUGUAUUUAUACAUAACAAUCAAUAAACAGUGUGAAAGUUA